GCUGCGUGAGAGGAGAGGGCGGAGAGAAGGAUGGCGGUGGCCGAGUGGGGGUGACGGGGCAGCAGUCUCUCAAGGGGAAGCCCCCCCGUCCGCCAUUCAGCGGCAGUAAUGGAGAACCCAAGGACCACUUCAUCUCCCUUGUCACAUUUUCCAGAAGAUGAUGGCUCAAAGGAGAGCAAUGAUGUUGUUCCAUCAGGGCUAAAUCAUUCAGAAGAAUUGUGCACUGGCAGUACCUCCCAGUCUGCCAACAAUCCAGAUUUUGCAGAGGACCUGCUGCACAGUCAACUGUUGCGAAAUGAGUCAUCUAAUAAAGCUGAAAAUAGCGAGCCAAGGCCUGAGGAGGAGCAAAGAACUAAGAGAGGAGGCUGGUCCAAAGGGCGAAAGAGGAAGAAACCCUUAAGGGAUAGCAAUGCUCCUAAAUCUCCCCUAACAGGUUACGUGCGGUUCAUGAAUGAGCGGAGGGAGCAACUUCGAGCGAAGAGGCCAGAGGUUCCAUUCCCAGAAAUCACCAGGAUGCUGGGCAAUGAGUGGAGUAAACUCCCUCCUGAAGAGAAACGGCGCUACCUUGAUGAAGCAGAUAGGGAUAAGGAACGUUACAUGAGGGAGCUGGAGCAGUACCAGAAGACUGAGGCAUACAAAGUUUUCAGCAGGAAAGCACAGGACAGGCAGAAAGGCAAAUCGCAUCGACAAGAAGGAGUACGACAGGCUGCCCAUGACCACGAGAAGGAAGCUGAUACAAAGGAGAGGUCUGUUUUUGAUAUUCCAAUAUUCACGGAGGAGUUCCUGAACCACAGUAAAGCACGGGAAGCCGAGCUGCGCCAGCUGCGCAAGUCCAACAUGGAGUUUGAGGAGAGGAAUGCUGCCCUGCAGAAGCACGUGGAGAGCAUGCGCACAGCGGUGGAGAAGCUGGAAGUGGAUGUGGUGCAGGAGCGCAGCCGCAACACAGUCCUGCAGCAGCACCUGGAGACCUUGCGGCAGGCCCUCAGCAGCAGCUUUGCUGGAGUCCCACUGCCAGGAAGUGGAGAGAUCCCCACAAUGGACACCAUUGAUUCAUACAUGAAUCGGCUGCACAACAUCAUCCUGGCAAACCCGCAGGAUAAUGAGAAUCUUAUAGCCAUCGUCCGAGAAGUUGUAAACCGCCUCGAACGCUAGUGCCUGGUUUCUUAGGCCCUGGAUGUUUUUCUUAAAGGGAUGAAACAAAUGUGAGGAAGGAGGGACAUGCUGAGAAUAAGCCGAAGACACUCUAGUUCUUGCUUACUGGAUGAGCAUCUUCUGUGAGGACCCAGGAGCAGCCCAAGAGAAGAGGACAUCCCCUCUAGCUUGCACUGCUGUGUGCCAUUUCCUGUUAUUUAUCACCUGGCUCUGGGCACACUCUGGACUAGAAGAGGCCAUGAUGAUGCUUCCUUCUCUGUCAGGUCAAAGUUGUCUGUCUUUGGUAAUACAAAGCUCUGGAAUUUCUGGUGCCCAUGCUCUGACAGAGUCUCUCCUGCCCCACCGGCGCAGUCCCACCCUGUUUCCCUGCACCUUAGUUGCAUGAACUGACUCUGUGCUCUGCUUGCCAUCAAAGCCUCUCUUCCAUCUGGUGAAAAUGUCUGCAGACGUGUGUUAAUUGUUUAAAAAAACACCUCUGUGAUAAUCCAGUAAAAAAAGAAAAGAAAAAGGACCAUCAGCUUUCUUUUUUCUCCUGGCAUUGUAAGUUCAAAACCUUCUUGUUGGAUUAAAACCUUCUUUGUAGUUUGUUACCUAGUUUGAUGUUACAUGGUAGUCUUGUGAUUCAAAUAUCUCUUCUGAGCAACAGGAAAUGAGCAUGAAGGAGAAAUUACAUGCCCCUCUCCUUCUGGUAAUGUGUGGCCAUCCCAAAGAAAUAAACUAUGUAAACAGGUCUCUUGCUAUGGAUUUUUACAGAGCUCUAGGAAAAACGAAAUUAAAUAAAAUUGGGAUCUGGAGGCUACCAUAAAGCAGGCAUGGAUAACCUCCGACCCACAGACUAAAUUAGUCUUAGCAGGGCUCAUAAUUUGCCCUGCAGAGGCAUUUUCUCUGCCAUAUGCCAGACAUCCUACACUGAUCAGCGCUGACUGAAAGCCCUACUUUGCGGCAGGAUCUUCCUUUGUAGCAAACCCCUAGUUGCCCCUCUGAAGAGCCGCAGUACAUACUUCAGCCAGUGGUAGAGGAGAGUGAAUUAUGCGGGUCGCCCUAACCUAGAACCUCACUGUGUUCCAUUGAGUCAGCACACAUUUAUCUCUCUACAAAUGUGAAAUGCUGCAGAGUCAAGCAAGAACACGAGUACCGUAUUUUUCGUUCCAUAAGACGCACUUUUUUCCUCCUAAAAAGUAAGAGGAAAUGUCUGUGUGUCUUAUGGAGCGAGUGCGUGGUCCCUGGAGCCAAAUUGCCCAGGGGCUAAAGGCAGAUCGUGCUUUUUAAAAGAAAAAGAAAGAAAGAGCUAAAGGCUAACAGGAAGGGAAGGGAAAGGCACCCACUCAGCAGCUGAUUGCAAGAUAGGUGAGGGAGUUAAGGGAGCUAGCACCCUUCCCGGCCCCUUGCCUAGGCCUCAGUUGUUGUCUGCAGAGGGAGACAUGUGACUGGCUGAUUUGAUUAUCUGUCUGGAAACUGUAGAAAUGCAGAGAAGCUAGAGAAGCUGCAGAACUGUGAGUUGAACCCCAUAAAAACAGUAUUUUUUCCCCUUUGCAAGGGAACUCAGCAACUUUGAGCUGAUCCUAAAAAAUGGAGCUUUCCCCCUUUGCAAAAAAGAUGCACAACUCUGAGCUGACCCCCACCCCAAAACGGGGCUUUUCCCAUUUGCAAAAAAAUGCUGCACAGCUUUGAGCUGAUCCUAAAACAAUAUAUGGAGCUUUCCCCCUUUGCAAGCAAUAGGAGUAUAGCAUCUACAUCAGGCAUCCCCAAACUUUGGCCCUCCAGAUGUUUUGGACUACAAUUCCCAUCUUCCCCGACCACUGGUCCUGUUAGCUAGGGAGUUGUAGGCCAAGACAUCUGGAGGGCUGCAGUUUGGGGAUGCCUGAUCUAGAUCAGGGGUCAGUGAACUUUUUCAGCAGGGGGCCGGUCCACUGUCCCUCAGACCUUGUGGGGGCCAGACUAUAUUUUGAAAAAAAAUAUGAACGAAUUCCUAUACCCCACAAAUAACCCAGAGAUGCAUUUUAAAUGAAAGGACACAUUCCACUCAUGUAAAACACCAGGCAGGCCCCACAAGUAACCCAGAGGUGCAUUUUAAAUAAAAGGACACAUUCUACUCAUGUAAAAACAUGCUGAUUCCUGGACCGUCCGCGGGCUGGAUUUAGAAGGCAGUUGGGUGCAUCCGGCCCCUGGGCCUUAGUUUGGGGAUGCCGGAUCUAGAUCAAGGGAAGUAAUAGUACCACUGUAUUCCGCUCUGGUCAGACCUCACCUGGAAUACUGUGUCCAGUUCUGGGCACCACAGUUCAAGAAGGAUACUGACAAGCUGGAACGUGUCCAGAAGAGGGCAACCAAAAUGGUCAAAGGCCUGGAAACGAUGCCUUAUGAGGAACGGUUUAGGGAGCUGGGCAUGUUUAGCCUGGAGAAGAGAAGGUUAAGGGGUGAUAUGAUAGCCAUGUUCAAAUAUAUUAAAGGAUGCCAUAUAGAGGAGGGUGAAAGGUUGUUUUCUGCUGCUCCAGAGAAGCGGACAUGGAGCAAUGGAUUCUAGUGGUUUCCCCAAACAGUGGUGUAACAUCACAAAAGUGUACUGUUGGCAUAUGUUUAACUCUGAUAAAAAUAUUGCCUUUUGAAUGUUUAUCUGAGUUUCGUGUAAACCUGGUACCUCCUGACAUCCGUCUGACCUUGUGGCUUCAGCAGAAGGGCUGCUAUGAUGCUACUGAUCGCAACUGUACAGUCUGAGUUGAUACCCCUUGUUCACACAGCAGCUGUAUCGUCAUGCACCGACUGUGUGCAAAGGACAAAGAGUGCAGGAACAGUGGCAGCCCCUCCCAGAGUCCCUAGCAACUGUGCAGCUACACACAGAUUGCAACACAACGCAGGACAAUUCUCCUGGCAGCAAUGUGUGGAAAACUCCCAUUGACAGGAAGCAACCAAUGGCAGCAGUGUUAGAAACGCUUGACCCAUUCCUUCCUCGCUUCCUCUAGAGAAGGAAGGAAGGCCUUGCUCUUAUAUGAGGGAGCUGGCAGGCAGAAUAAAAGUCCUGUUUCUAAGAGGCGUGUCCAAGUUUUCCAUUGGGUUGUAACACCUUUCAAAUUGUAUUUUGAGCACAAUUUGCAUCUCUGAGCAUUUGAAUAGAGAUAACUUUUGUGAUGGAAAUGUCCUGACAGAAGUGAACCCGUAAAACAGGAUCAUACUAAAAGAGGAAAGGUCAAAACAAGUAAUUGCUCCCCAGAUGCAACAGUACAGCGGGAAGGUGGAAAAUUGCAGAGGAACAUUUGAGGGGUGCUGCUGCUGACACUUUCAGCCCUAUGGUUUAGUAAGGUAAAGGGUAAAGGGACCCCUGACCAUUAGAUCCAGUUGUGACCGACUCUGGGGUUGCAGUGCUCAUCUCGCAUUAUUGGUCAGGGGAGCUGGUGUACAGCUUCCAGGUCAUGCGGCCAGCAUGACAAAGCCACUUCUGGCGAACCACAGCAGCGCACGGAAACGCCAUUUACCUUCCCACCAGAGCGGCACCUAUUUAUCUACUUGCACUUUGAGGUGCUUUCGAACUGCUAGGUUGGCAGAAGCUGGGACCGAGCAACGGGAACUCAGCCCGUCAUGGGGAUUCGAACCGCUGACGUUCUCAUCGGCAAGCCCUAGGCUCUGUGGUUUAACACACAGCACCACCCGCUGGUUUAGUAGAGGGGGAUGGUUUAAUUUAUUUAUUUAUUCCCUCCCCAUCUGGUUGGGUUUCCCCAACCACUUUGGGCGUUUUCAACAGAACAUUAGAAAUGGAAUAAAACUUCAAAUAUCCCUUUACUCAGAGAAUAGCUGAUCUAUGAAAUUUGCCUCCAGAGGAUGUGAUGGUGAUUCAAAGGUGGUUAGAGAAGUUUGUGGAGGAAAGGUCUAUCAAGAUCUCCUAAUCCUUAAGGCUGUGUGCUGGAUGCAGGAUCAGAGGCCUGCCAGUUGCUGAGCAACAAGAGCAGCAGAGGGCUGUUGCUGUGAGGUCCUGCCGGCAGGCUGCCUCUGAGGUCCCUGAUUGGCCAUUCUGAGGAAAAGGAGGCUGGACUAGAUAAGUCUUUGCUCUUCAAGUUUCCUGCAGAAGUGUUUUUUGUAAUUUAAUUUCUAAGAUUGGUUUGAAAGUGAGUCAAUGUGCUCUUGUAACAUUUGCUUCUUUAAACCUGCUUAAUGCUAAAUCUGUUCUGAUUUAGAUUUCAACUGUGUUUUAAUGAGUGACUUUUUACUAGUGUUGCCUUCUGUUGUUGAAAGAUGCCGUCAAGUUCACAUUCAUCAUCCGUGCUCGUUCCUAGACGCUCCAAAUUGGUAAUACACUCAUUUCCUUUACUGUGUUUUGAAUAGCAUGUUGCCAGUUUGAGAGUUCAAUGUGCUUUUGUGUUUUUGUUUUUUUUAAAUGGCAACAAUGAAUUUUCAGUUGCAAUCUGAACUAUGAAUUCAUUUGUGGUGGUGAUUGUGAGGGUUGUUAGAGGCAAGGAAGGGGAGACGGGCUUUUGUGAAAAAUCUUAUGAGUCAUUGUGGUCAAGGACCAGAGCCUCAGAUGAUCUUCUGGGGGGACCUGAAAAGAUCAGGUUGAAGCUUUGGGGAAGGACCCAUCCCUGGGUCCCCAGAAAGAGCUCCCAUCAGCCAAACUAGGGAGGGACAGAACAGCCUGUUUCUAGUUCAUCUCAAUUUCUCAUGUUCAUCUCUACAGUGGUACCUCACAAGACAAAAUUAAUUUGUUUCAUGAGUCGUUUCAUGUUGCGAUAAUUUCAUCUUGUGAAGGGUGGUUUCUAGAAGAACUGCGCCUUCUAGAAUCACACAUGGGUCAGAAUGUAAUUACUCUUCAGGUUUUGCACUUCUCUGAAUCUUACAAGAGUAAUUAUGUUCCGACUCGUGUGAUUCCAGGACAAGGGAGGCAGUAGCUCUGAAGCAGCCUCUCCACCCCAGAGGCAGGGGCCGGGUUUGCAGUUCAGCCAGAGUUGCUAGCCUUGCUUCCAUCAUGCAGCAGACGGGGGGGGACUUCUGCCAUUGUCAUAACGAGGAAAAGCAAAACACGAGGGACCAAAAUAUCUCUGCAAGUUCCUUCCCUCCUUCUUGGCAGCUGCUGUAAAAUCAUUUAGGAAUCACUGCUUAUACAAGGUCACAGCCCCUUCCGCUUCUGCAGGCAGUUUCCCUUCUGUAACUCAUGUGGGAUUGGGGUGGGGGGGUACCUUUGAGUUUAGCUGCAUCCUCUAGACCAGGGGUAGGCAACCUAAGGCCCGUGGGCCAGAUGCGGCUCAAUCGCCUUCUCAAUCCGGCCCACGGACCGCCCGGGAAUCAGUGGUUUUUUACAUGAGUAGAGUGUGCCCUGCUAUUUAAAAUGCAUUUCUGGGUUAUUUGUGGGGCAUAAGAAUUCAUUCAUUUCCCCCCAAAAAAUAUAGUCUGGCCCACAACAUGGUCUGAGGGACUGUGGACCGGCCCACGACUGAAAAAGGUUGCUGACCCCUGCUCUAGACCCUGGAACGAACACAUCCAAGCUCAGUGGGAGCCUCAGUAUAAAGACCUAUCUUUCCCUCCACCCCAGAUCUACUCUGCUGUCUCUUAGCAAAAGGUAGGCAAUCCAUCCUUCCCUUCCUCUUUCUGUACAUUUUUAUCCUCUUAUAAAUGCCUUUGGAUUUCCGGACUGGGUGCCUUUUUGAUUUGCAAAAGACUUGCCACUUGGAAGCAUCCAUUUCACAAGGGAGCUUCCUCUGUUGGGAUUUCCCUCACUGGAAUCCCCCAACCAAGGUGGUUACUAACAACAAGAAACAUGGUAGCUGCAUUGCAUGGGGGUGGACCAGAUGACCCUUGGGAGCCCUUCCUACCCCUAAAGUUCUAUGAUUCUAUGCAGUGUAGCAAUAAAAGUUGCCAUUUAAUAAAAGUAAGAAGCCUAACCAUAGAGCCUUAGAUAACUGUGCCACUGUGGCAAAGGGGACAUCCCCAGUCCCCUCCUCGCCACAUCUUCUGCGACUGAGGACUAGGCAACUGGUGCCCAGAUUUUAAUCCGAGUGUGUAGGUGUCAAUGGUCAGCCCUGCCCAGUCCUUAAAGCUGAAGUCUCUUCAGAUGGGGAACAGAUCUUCACAUUGCCAGUAACCCUGAGGGUGUUGGACCCAGACACCCCUGCCUCGAGACCCGAGUUCCUGGCAUGUGGUGCUGCAUGGGGCAGAGGGCAGUGAGCUGAAUCACUCAUUCUGAGAUGUGCAUGAACAUGGGUCCUUUGUGAGGACUAGGGCAGAAUGAGGGAGAGUGAUAUGCUCCUAAAUGCCUGGAAGUGCUUACAUCUGUGCUAACAGAGGCAGAGUUAGGGGAGCCUAACUGGGUCACUUGUAUUGGGUGUUGAGCUUCAGGGGCGCUCCAACUCUGCUUUGGAAUGCAGCACAAGAGGCGGCAGGGCACCACGUGUUGGUGUUGCACCGGACGCCACUGGAAUUUGAGACCCCCAGGUCCACCCCUGGGGCUAAUGCAAUCGCCUAUAUGCUUUGGGGGUUAAUAUCUCAGGCAGCAAGAGUUUGAAAAUGCCACAGAAAAAUCUGUGUAAUCUCUCUCUUUUUCUCCCCACCCCCAAAUCUAGCUCUGCCAGAAUUUUCUCUCUCUUCUCUCUUUUUAAAGUGGAAAGGCAGAAGUUUGUACUUAAUAUGGGCCAUAAUCUUUCCAAGGCAAACAAAAACGGGAGUUUUGGAAUGAAAGUUCUUUCAAUGUUCCAAGUAGGCAUUCUAUCCAUUGGUGGGAGUUGGUUUCACUCAGAAUGGAGCUCACUUAAGAGGGUGGCCUUUAGGGUCGGUUCACUGUUUAUUCACUGUGUGAGGCCCACGAUUCAUCGUGUGAGGGCUAAGUGAUCCAGUGAUGGUGAUGUGGAAGGAAAACUACCUACAGUUCAAACGCCACUGAGAUCUUUCCUACCACUUCAAAUACAAAGCUUGUCAUGGUGAUUAUUCAGACACGGUCCUGGCCUGAAGUAUUGUGCAUCAUUUUAUUGUUUUAUUUUGUUAUAUAUUAAAUUUGUCUACUGCCCUUCAUCCACAGAUCUCAAAAUCACACAUACACAAUUCAGUUGUGAUUUGGCUGCUACCCUGUCACCUGGUUAUUUUGGAUCUUAAAUUGGGGCUGUGUGCAUGCAAGGGGCCUCUCGUUUUGUGACACAACAUCAGUUGCUUGCCUUGUGAGUCCCCACUCCCCACCCCGCUUCAGUCAUUGGGAUAACCAGUUAGAUUACUGUAAUACACUCUGCGCAGGGAAUCCUAGAAUUGUAGAGUGGGAAGGGGCCACGGGGGUCAUCCAGUCCAACCCCCUGCAAUGCAGGAAUCUGUUGCCCAACAUUGGGCAGUCUGGACAUUUUAAAGUAGUUCAAAAUGGGGCAGUCAGCCCAAUACUGCAUCUAUCCACCUAAGCUAGCAUCAGUUAUUUAAUAAAACUUAUAUACCCUUU